CUCUAUAAUAAAUCGAUAUAUUCAUAGCAUAAAUCUAAUCUUCGCAGAAUAAACACUAAAGUGACGAAACGCGCGUGUAUGAACCGUGUUCAUAAAUUAUGUAAUAUCGGAAUUAAUCUUUCGUAUACGCAUAGAUAAAAUAUCUGUCAUAAUAAAGUAUUCACAGUAUAGAUAUCGAGAUUCGUGUCGUCCGAUCCUGGAAUUGUCUCGGACGGAACACGGUGAACAUGAUCGAGGGCAAUUCGGCCGGCUCUCCGGUAGCCAUGAAAGUAGGUGACCUCCCGGCGGAGAGAUUGGAAAAUCAAUAGACCGCGACGCGGCGGGAGCUGACGAGAGUCGCGGCACGCGGGGAUCGCGCUUUUUCGAGGUUAUGUCGCGCGUAGAUUUCGACACCCGAGACCGCGACGCACCGCUGGCGGCCCGUACGUGCUAUUUUCGUUGCGGCGAAAACCGUUUGUUCUCGCUGGGCGCCGCGCGUUACGCUUUAUAAUGCAUCUGAAUGCGAGGGAGAGCCACGAGAGCGCCGUGAGAUAGUAGACAAAAAUGGGCAGAAAGAAGUCUCACGUAUCGUCCAGGGGUAAACAACCGGGUCCAUCACCGCAACAGAGGCAUAUAUCCGCGGCGAAGAGGAACGAGCUCAAUGUCCUGUGCGAAAAACUUUUUCAUCUGAGCAGCAAUCCAGCAUAUGUGACGCAAUCAUGGAACAACUACUUGGAUAUAUCAGAAGUUCUGCUGAAGGUUAAACGACUGGAAGAGAUGAAGACGGAAUCGUCUCAGCGAUCCCAAGGGAUUGGACAAUUCAUGGAUUGGCUGAUAGAGAAUGGGGCACACGUGGAUAACUUGAGCAUCGCUGAAUUUUCAGGGUAUGAUCUGGGACUGAGGGCAGAGACCGAUUUUGCUGAGAGCCAAUUGAUCCUGGAGAUACCUAGGACACUUAUAUUCAACACAUACACCGCAGCGCCAGAGUUGACUGUUCUGCAAAAUGACCCGCUGGUGCAGCAUAUGCCGCAAGUAGCGUUGGCCAUAGCGCUUCUCAUAGAAAGGCAUAAGGAGAACUCCAAAUGGAAGCCUUACCUAGAUAUGCUUCCAAAUAGUUACAACACAGUUUUAUACAUGAAGACCAAUGACAUGAUCGAGCUAAAAGGCAGUCCCACAUUAGAGGCUGCAUUGAAGCAAUGUCGGAACAUCGCGAGACAAUAUUCCUACUUCAACAAAGUAUUUCAAAAUACCAACAACGCCGUCUCUGCGAUCCUUAAAGACGUUUUUACUUACGAAAGAUAUUGCUGGGCGGUCUCCACGGUGAUGACGAGGCAGAACCUGGUCCCGAGCCCGGACGGCUCGCGCAUGAUACACGCUUUAAUCCCGAUGUGGGAUAUGUGCAAUCACGAGAACGGAAGGAUUACGACGGAUUUCAAUGCGACGUCGGACCGUUGCGAGUGCUACGCGUUGAGGGACUUCAAGAAAGGGGAGCAAAUAUUCAUAAGUUACGGCCCAAGGACCAACUCUGAUUUCUUCGUGCACUCGGGCUUCGUCUGCAUGAAUAACGAACAAGAUGGCUUCAAACUUCGUCUCGGCAUUAGCAAAGCGGAUUCCCUUCAAAAGGAGCGAAUAGAGUUGUUGAGCAAACUGGAUUUGCCGUCAGUAGGAGAAUUUUUACUGAAGCCGGGUACGGAACCCAUCUCCGACACGCUGUUGGCCUUUUUGCGAGUAUUCAGUAUGCGAAAAGCCGAGCUCACACAUUGGUUACGCUCGGACAAGGUCUUCGACCUGAAGCACGUGGACUGUGCAUUGGAGACGGUCGUCGAGGAGAAUGUCAGAAAAUUUUUGCUGACCAGGCUGCAGCUUUUAAUUGCUAAUUAUCCGACAACACUGAAGGAGGAUCUAAAGUUGUUGGAAACCACGUUGCCACAGAUGAAAAAGAUGGCAAUACAAUUAAGAGUCACGGAGAAAAGAAUUCUUUCGGGCGCGCUCGAAUACGUGGAGCAGUGGAUAAAGGCUUGAAACGAUCGGCUGUGUUUUGGCGAGGAUAUCGAAAACAAUACUUAUACUUAUUAAAUACUAAAAGAAUCUUAUACUUACUAAAUACUAAAAGAAUCUCGAGAGAAACCAACUUUAUUUUUACAAUAUUUUUCUUCGAACGACACUUUCGAAUAUAAAAGUAAAGCGGACGAAUUAUAUAUAAUAAAGUGUAUAUUUAUUGCCUGUUAAAUACGCAAAACUUUAUGCUCGAUGUGUGUGCGCGUAUUAAUAAUAGAAAAAAAACGCAUUGUGAAAUGUAUUGAGAAUCACAUGAAUGAUCGAUGAUUAUAUAUGUAUGUAUAUAUGAUAUACAAAUGUAAUUGUAUAAUUGUGUGCUCAGCAAAUAUCUUGAUUCUUGUGUUUUCAUAAUAUGGAGACUUUUUAAGUUUCUUCUUCUUUUAAGUUUCUUUGUUCUUUCUGAAAUUACAUAUGAAUCAAAUGUCAAUCGGUAGAGAGAGAGUGUGAGAGAGAAAGAGCGAUUAUGAUCUGAUUACUGAUACUUAACUUGCUUUGCUUUAAUAUAUAACAAAAUGAUAUUUAUACAAAAAAGAGUGUUAUUAAUGAACAUUUAUUUUUCAGAAUGAAUACGUAACAAAAUUGAAAUUCUUGAUGUGAAACUAUAAUAAUAGUAAUAAUAAUAAUACCGUAGGCCUACGACAUUAGAUUUACGCUGCAAAAUAUUUUCUGACGCACGAGUGAAUUUGAACGACCUGCGUAAUAUACAUAAAUACAACCCUGCGAGGUGUUUCCGAGUGUUUGUCAUGCGUUACAAAUGCUACCGUAUUUAGCUCCGUAUUCUCACGUUACUGUGUAAAUUGUUGCGAGAACGAUAUAUCACGCGUCUCACGCGUUAAUUACAUCUCUAAGAAAUGCCAGAUUUCGCGAAUCGAAAUUAAAUAAAAUUAAUCAAGCUAAUUGUAGCGAGAUUCUAUGAUCAGGCUACAGCAGGACUGAUAGCUCGGAAUAUUGCUUUUUUAAAUAUAUUUCAAUAUAGGAAUUAAAA